AUGACAAACCCCAAAGAAGCCACCCCUCCCACUGCCCCAAUUGCCGACGAGGCCACCCACACCGCCCCUUCGCUGCCGAACUCACCCCUCGCCAAACGUCCCAAGAUUGAAGCCAUGGCAGUCCCAGAACCGGUCGUUGCUGUUGCCGCUCCCAUCCCUCAGUUGCAGGUACAGAAACUAGUGCCAGAAGCCCGCGCGCCUACUCGGGGAUCUGCCUUUGCUGCUGGGUAUGACCUGUAUGCCGCAAAGGAUACAGAGAUUCCCGGCAGAGGCAAAGGUCUGGUCUCGACUGGACUUGCAAUUGCUGUUCCAGAGGGAACCUAUGGAAGGAUAGCACCCCGCAGCGGGCUUGCGUCGAAGAAUUUCAUUGACACUGGAGCUGGUGUUAUCGACGCUGAUUACCGAGGGGAAGUCAAGGUGCUACUGUUCAAUUUCUCUGGUGUCAACUUUACCAUCAAGGCGGGUGAUCGAAUUGCCCAGCUCAUCCUUGAGAGAAUUUACACCCCUGAAGUUCUUGUUGUUGAGCAAUUGGAGGAGAGCGUACGUGGUGCCGGCGGGUUCGGAAGCACGGGUUAA